AUGCAUAAAUUGUGCCUUGAAGUUUUUUCUAAUGUUGAUAAAGAUGGAACAUGCUUUGUCCCAUUAGAAACAAUAAUUUGCUUAUUUAUUUAUAUUUAUUGCGAUUGUCCUCCUGUACCUAUAACACUUGUAAUUACAAAUAAUGAUGAAAAAAAAACAUCUUUUAAAAUUAAUACAUCAGGCAUUGAAUUUAAAAUUGUGAUUGAAAAUGAAAUGUUGGCAUCCUCAAAUAUUUGUAAAUUACCUGUUUUAAUUUCCUGUAAUGGUACAUCAUUUAUUGGCGGUUUAUGUGGAGUUUUACGCCAGUUAAUUAAAAUUAUCGAUGAAAAGCAUUCACUACUAGGAUUUAAACAAAAUUGUUUAUAUGCCUGUGCUGAAUCUUCCCUCUGGACAAAGUUUUGUGAAGUUGACAUGACACUUACAAUAAAUCACAUAAUUCAAAAGCAAAAUUUAAAUUGUGACUUGCAUGAAAUUCCUGUAGAUUUAGUAAGGUUUGAAAAUCACAUGAUGCAACCUGUGAAAAUUCACAAUAUUGAAAAAAAAAAACAAGAUAUAGCUAAAGAAAAAAAAAAGAAAAGUUUAAGUGUGCAAUUACAAGAGAAAUUAAAUUUGUCGGAAACUUUGGAGCAUAAAUUUUCUGAUGGUUUGGAUAUGACAUUAGAAGAUUUAAUUCUUUUUCCUAGUUUUUAUAUUUUAUUUAAAUGUUUAACCUGUGAUUUUUUCAAAAACAAUUUGCCAUUCACGUUUAAAUGGUACAUGACCAUGUUGGAAAAUGAUAAAACGGAAAAAGGCUUACUGUUAUUUGCAGAAAAUGUAAAAGUAUUUAAAAAUGUAAUAGAUGGAAAUUAUACUAUACCUAAAGUUGAAAAAGAAAGUUUUUACAAAGGGGAAUAUAAAAAAAAACAACCGAAACGUCAUUUUUACACAAAACAAGAAGAAAUAGAAAAAUGUUUGGAAAUAGUUAAUGAAAUAAAAAUUGAUUUCCGAAUAACAUCAGAUUUUGGUGAGGGAAUAGAUUUCGAUUGGGGUGAUUUACCAUCAGAAGUUUGUUUAGGAGACAAUCAAAUACCCAUAAAAAGAUUAGAAAAAAAAAAUCAACAACUUAAAAGCAUGAUCAAAGCAAUUUUAAAAAUAGCCAAAAAUGGAGAUCGGAUUGUUGAUUUCUGUUCCGGAAGUGGACAUUUAGGCCUGACUUUGGCUCAUCUUCUUCCCACGUGCACAAUCGUUUUAAUUGAAAACAAGGAACAAUCGUUAAACAGAGCGAAAGACAGAGCUUACAAACUAAAACUCUUUAAUGUUAUUUUUUGCCAAUCAAACUUGGAUUAUUUUAAAGGAAAUUUUAACAUUGGAGUGUCACUUCACGCAUGCGGCGUAGCAACGGAUUUGGUCAUUGAAAGAUGCAUUGAAGAAAAAGCUGCUUUUAUUUCUUGUCCCUGUUGUUACGGUUCCAUACAGCCGAAUCACGUAAUAUCGUAUCCGAGGAGCAGGAUUUACCAAAACUCCCAAUUAACAGUUGGGGAUUAUUUUGUGUUGGCCCAUUCGUCUGAUCAAACCCACGAUGAUGACAAUGCAAAAACCAUUCAAGGUUUUAAAUGCAUGAUGGCGAUUGACUCCGAUAGGUGUUUACGUGCCCAAGAAGCCAAUUAUACUGUCUUCCACCAUCGUCAAACGUACUUCGGCUAUUUUUUUCCAAAAUUUUGA